UUUUUGUCGUGUCAGGAGUGACUUGAGAAACUGCAAGUUGCUUCUGGUGUGAGAGAACUGGCUGUCUGCCAGGAUAUUGCCCAGGGGAUGCCCGGAUAUUUUUGAUGUGUUACCAUCAUUGUGGGAGGCUUCUCUCAUGUCCCCACAUGAGGAGCUGGUGCUGAUAGAGGGAGCUCAUCCGUGCUCUCCCCGGAUUUGAACCUGUAACCUGUUGGUCUUCAGUCCAGCUGGCACAGGGGUUUAACCCACUGUGCCGUCGGGGGCUCCUCCUUGAUACUGUUCAAGAAAAUAAAGAUAAGUCACACUGGUUUUCUUUAAAGUAAAGGCAUGUCUUAAGAGAGUGGGCUUUAUUGGCUGAGCCUUGAUUCAGCCCUUUUUGAAAGUAACAGUCUUAGGUAACAUGACAGUUAUAUAGUGAGCUUUUCUUUUGGCAUGCAUUGUGAAAUUGCUGAAGACAAUACAUUUUUUUGGUCGUGUCAGGAGCAACUUGAGGUCUGGAGUUUAUAGCAACACUUUUGCUUGGAGCAAGAGGAGCAUGAUGGAAGAAAACAAAGAGACACCAGGAAAAAGUAUGAAUACUGUGCCAGAACCUGUGGAUAAUUCUUGGCUGCCUCAGGAUUCCCAUCCGAUAUUCCGUCUUGUACUUCUUUGGAGUCUUACCUAUGUCAUCAUGAAAGUCAUCCAAGUGUUUUGGUACAGACAGAAUAUGGUCAACGCCCUUCAGUGUUUUCCAUUACCCCCCACACACUGGCUGUAUGGUCAUGUCCACAAGUUGACACCAGAGGAAGAGUUCUUGACUACAGCAGCUUGGACAGAAAAAUACCCACAAUGUCAUCAGCUACGGUAUGGACAAUUUGUAGUUGCCUUGGUCAUCAACCAUCCUGAAUAUGCGAAAGUGGUCUUUACUAGAAGUGAUCCUAAAUCUUUUCUAAUAUAUGGCUUCCUAAUUCCAUGGAUUGGAAAGGGCUUGUUAAUUCUGGAUGGACCUAAAUGGCAGCAACAUCGGAAACUGCUGACCCCAGGCUUCCAUUAUGACAUUCUCAAGCCUUACACCACCGUCAUGGUUGAAUCAGUCAAGCAGAUGCUGGUUAUUCUGGAGAAGCUGGUAUCUACAGAUAAUACAGCAUCAGUGGAGAUAUUUGGACAUGUCAGUCUGAUGUCUCUGGAUACUAUCAUGAAAUGUGCCUUCAGCAGUAAGAGUAAUUGUCAGACAGAAAGGGAUAAUGCCUACAUUAAGGCUGUCUAUGAGCUCACCUGCCUGUUUGAUAAGAGGGUGAAGUCUCCGUGGAUCUACAAUGACCUCAUGUACUGGUUUAGCUCCCAGGGACGUCGGUUUCACAAUGCUUGCAGACUAGCCCACCAUCACACAGACAAUGUGAUAAGGGAGAGAAAGGAGUCCCUUAAGAAUGAACAAGAACUUGAGAAAAUAUUGAAGAAGAGACGUUUGGAUCUCCUAGACAUUCUCAUUUGUGCAAAGGAUGAAAAUGGGAACUCAUUGUCAGAUGAAGACUUGCGUGCCGAGGUGGACACAUUCAUGUUUGAAGGUCAUGAUACCACGGCUAGUGGCAUCUCUUGGCUCUUCUAUUGUAUGGCCCAGAAUCCUGAACAUCAGCAGAGAUGCAGAGAGGAGAUAAUGGAACUUCUUGGCAAAGAGGGGCAUGUGCAAUGGGAUGACCUAGGAAAGAUGACAUACACCACCAUGUGCAUUAAAGAGAGCCUUCGACUUUACCCACCAGUCCCUCAAGUAGCACGAGACCUGAAUUUGCCAGUGACAUUUCCAGAUGGAAGAACACUACCAAAAGGGCUUUUAACAUUAUUGAGUAUUUAUAACCUUCACCGAAAUCCUGAGCUCUGGGACAACCCUGAGGUCUUUGAUCCACUAAGAUUUUCCUUUGAAAAUUCAAGUCGUCGCCACUCCUUUGCCUUUCUUCCUUUUGCUGCUGGGCCAAGGAGCUGUAUUGGACAACAGUUUGCCAUGAAUGAGAUGAAAGUUGCUCUUGCCUUGACACUUCUGCGCUUUGAACUUUUGCCUGAUCGUUCCAAGCCCCCCAUUCCCAUCCCACAGAUCGUCACCCGCUCCAAGAAUGGGAUACAUCUGAAGCUGAAACCUAUCUACUGAUCUUUAAUAUACUGCAAUGUUAGCAGUGGUGCUUUGGGACUCUCAAAUAAAUAUUGGCAGCACAUUAAUUUUUAUAUACUGUCCUAUGUACUACGUCUUGUAAGAAACACAUAAAUUCAUUAAAAUACACCAAAUGUAAACCACCACCCCCCAAUCCCAAUAUACUAUUGGGAUAUCUGAUGGCAGGAUUUCCAAUUAUUGAUCUAGGGAUGAUUGUAGGGGGGGGGGGGGAACCGUGGGGAAACAUACAUCUCACAUUCCAAAAGGAGACUAUACAAGACUGACGUACCUUUUGUGAGUACAGUAGGUCUGCUAAUUACAUGAGUUCCUUGAAUGUGGUUUUAGUUACAUGGGAAGGAUUUUGAAUACCAUACAAUUGCAUUGAAGGGACCUAGGGAUACCUUGAGAAGUAGACUUCCAGCACAAUUCUAUGGUCAACUUCCACCGGACAUUCCUAGAAAGAACAUUUAUCCAGCCACCUGUAGGUUCUCCAUCACAAUGCUACAGUAUGCUUCACCUGGAAGACCAAGACAUUGCUCAUUUAAGGAAAGAAAAAUUAGGUUACAGGAAAUAAGUGUUACAUGAAGGGUCCUGGAACUUGAUCCCUUAUGUAACACACAGGCCUGCUGUAGUUACCAUUCUUUUGAUCUGUGGGUUAAGAAUAAGAGAUGAUGUACUGGAUUAGCCCAGAAAGCAUUAUUUAGCAUUAUUUUUAUACAGUACCUUAUCUAAUGCCUGCAGACACCUGACAUUUCAUGGACGGGAACCAGGAAGUGUGCUUCCAAGCAAUAUUAAAGUGUGAUUUUAAUGGCAAACAAUUUAAAUGAGGGAGAAUGGACAAAUUAAAAGAGGCUGUGGCAGUUUGCUUUUAUCUGAGCCUACUGGGAAUACUAUCCGCUCCUGUUAGUAUUACUAACCACACUUGCACAAUCAUUGAGAAGUGCUACCACAACUAUUUUUUCUGCUGCCAUACUGCCCCAACAGGACUCUAGCCUAUUUGUGAGAAAUAAUAGUAGUGGAUAUCUCGAUAUUCUUAGCACAUAUAUACAUGCAGAAUGUACAUGCUCUUCUAAAUAAAAAAUGUCUGCAUCCAUGAAGUGAUGAUUUGACUAUUAUGAGUUGUAGUGAUAAUUUAGGUGAUACUAAUUUCAAAUUAAGUUAAGAAAGAAAUCCCUUCUUAUAAGUACUUUCCCUGCAUGGCAGGGGGUUGGACUAGAUGGCCCAUGUGGUCUCUUUCACCUCUAUGAUUCUAUGAUUCUAAGAUUAUAGUCUGUGAAUAGCACUUUGAAUUGGAAUAAUGAUUCCUUAGAUCACUACAUAAAGUGUGAUUUAAAUGUGAUUUUACAUUGUUUUCCAAUUCAACAGUUUUUUAAAUAAGUUUGAUUAUAUAGCAUUAUCAUUUUGUAUGUUUAUGUAUACCAUUUUAUUCUUGUUCUAUUCAUACCACUUCAACCUUUCUUAAGCACCACUCCUAAGCGAAAAGAUGGGAUAUAAGUCAUAUAAAUCAGUCAGUAGUGUGGUUUUAUUAAAGAGUUAGGCAGGGGGGAGGACUAAUACAUUUUGAAAAUACAACAAAAUUGUGUGAUUCCAACAUAGUAGUGCAAAGACUAACAGCCGGUUCAAACAGGAUUUAUUGCUUUUCAAGUUCUAAGGUCAGUCAAAGUAAUAGAACUUUCGGUCAGAUAUUCAUAUGAUUAGCAGGUUGUUUUAUCACAUCUCAGGUUAUUGGCAGGCGUCUGUGUUAUCAUCAACUGUUUCAUUUAUGACCAAUAUUAAGAACAUACAUAAUUACUGCCAAUAUUUCUGCAUACAGUUUUGCUCUUGUUCCCCCUUGAAUAAAUUACAUUGAAUGAAUA